AGUACCGGGCCAGUACCGGGCCAGUACCGGGCCAUACCGGGCCAGUACCGGGCCAGUACCGGGCCAGGGAUCACUGAUCCCUUCAGAACUAACUCCACAGUUCAUCUGAAGUUAAUAUGAGACUCAACAGUCUAAGUGUUUAUCUUCCAAAGUACUGUUAUAGCGGAGUCCCCGCGGGGCGGAGGGGACGCGUCCCGCGGGGUGGAGGGGACGUGUCCAGUGGGGUGGAGGGGACGCGUCCAGUUGGGCGGAGGGAUACGCAUCCAGUGGGGCCUCCGUCCAGCAUUAGAGGUACUGAGGUCAUGACUCCAUAUUCCCCAAACGGAAGCCCCUCCCUCUUAAUUCAACCCUUGUCCAGAUGUUGGGUAAUAAACAUUCAGACUUCGUACGUUGUUAGUCUAAUCGUUGCAUCGAAGCUGUUCCCCGACGUGGCUGAACAAAGUAAACAAGAUAAACACGCUGAUGAAGCUUCAUAUUAAUUUCCUGUGUCGUAGUAGUAACAACUGAAUGGAUCACAUCUGGAUUCAUCUUUAACCUGUUUUCUGUCUCAGUAUUUGAAACUACAGGACCUCUCUGGAGGUGGAGACUCAGACUCCUAGAAGUUCAGUGCUCCUGGUGCUGGUUUAUUGAUCCUCUGUUCUCUUGCACUAUCGUCACGCUCAGUAUCUAUGCAAACACCGACGGACUCACCCGAUCAGAGAGAUCAAUCAGAGAGACUCGAUCGGUGAUCCGGAGAAUCUAAAACAAAUAAAUAUCAACAUGUUACACAUUAAUGACAUCACAGGUUAGCUUGAAGCUAACACAGCCCAUUGGUUUGAAUGAGGAAUGCUAACAGCGCUAGCUAACAGUCUCUGAGACGUUAAAUGUCACUCCGUCACUUUAAACCCGCAGCUCCUCCUCGCUGCCAUGGUAACCGUUGCUCCCCUCCCAUUGGCCUGUUGGACGGUUAUUUUGAUCAUGUGACUAUGUUUGUUUCUGUUCAGUUCAGCUGACCAAUCAGCUGCCUGCUUUCUCUGCAAUAAAAAAAACUGUUGUUUGACCUUGACCUCCCAGUUUCUCUCUCUCUGUGCGUGUGCGUGUGCGUGUGCGUGUGCACGCAUGUGUGUGCAUGCAGCACUGAGAGUGUGACAGGUGAUAAUCUGUUAAGACUAUUAAGGUGUUAAAGAACAGGUCAGAAACUAAACACACUGACAGUCAGUCAGAGCGCUCAGGUGUGUCGUCCUCAUGUCCCUAGAGACAGACAGACAGGUGAAUUGUCUUCUAGCAUGAGAAGUUAUCGACCCACAGCUGAAGAGACGAGCUUCAGGUUCCAGAUUCAUCUCCCGGUUCUCUAGGAUCCUGAGUCCAUGGAGGAGCUGGUGAAACACCUGUCCAGGUGUCAACACCUGGGCUGGAUGAGUGUGAUCGAGGUUGAAGCGCGCCUCCAUCAAUCGGGCUGUCGUAUGGUCGGGAGGGCGGACCCUGAUUACGUCUGGUUGAAGAUGUUCUGCAUCCUGUCUGGUUCUCAGCUACUGAUGCUGAAUAACCUUGAGGUUCAUCCUCUUCUUCUGGCAGAGACGGAGACUUUCACUGUCUGGUUGCUAAGAUACACUCUCCAUGUGACCUCAGCACCUCCUGGCCCCGCCCACAAAGAUGUUCCAGAGAGAGGGGUCCGCCGACAGAGCAUGCCCAGUAGCUCCGCCGUGGACACGCCCACCGCCAGAGUGACGGGUUUUCUCUCCCGGAGGUUGAAGCAGUCUCUCCGGAGGACCCGCUCUCAGCCCAAACUAUGUCGUCCGAGCAGCAUAAGGAGCGACCUGAUCACCAGAGCUGACACCAGGUGUGUGAUGCGGCGGCUGCGUUGUGGUAGCCAGGAGUCGUUGCUAAGCACCGGCUGUGUGUCGUCUCUGGAACUCAGGAUGGACCAAUCAGUGAUCAUCAAACCUGUUCACUCCUCCCUACUGGGACAGGACUACUGCUUUGAGGUAACAACCACGACAGGAACAAAGUGUUUCUCGUGUCGUUCGGCAGCAGAAAGAGAUAAAUGGAUGGAGAACCUGAGAAGAGCCGUUCACCCCAACAAAGACAACAGCAGGAGGGUGGAAAACGUCCUGACGGUGUGGGUAAUCGAAGCCAAAGACCUGCCGGCGAAGAAAAGGUACUUCUGUGAGCUGUGUCUGGAUGACAGUCUCUAUGCGAGGACGUCGUGUAAACUGAAGACUGACAACAUCUUCUGGGGAGAACGUUUCGACUUCAGCAGUCUGCCGUCCAUCAGCGCCGUCACUCUUCACCUCUACAAAGACACGGACAGGAAGAGGAAAAAGGACAAGAGCAGCUACGUCGGGUUGGUCAACAUCCCUGUCGCCAUGGUGACCGGCAGACAGCUGGUGGAGAAGUGGUACUCAGUGAGCACGCCCAGUACCAUCCGGGGUAAGUCGUCUGUGCCAACGGUGCGUAUCAAAGCUCGCUAUCAGAGUAUCGUCAUCCUGCCGAUGGAGCAGUACAAAGAGUUCGCAGAGUACAUCAGCUCCAACUACCUGCUGCUCUGCAACACUCUGGAAGCCUCGAUCAGUCUAAGAGCUAAAGAAGAGCUCGCCGCUGCACUCGUCCACAUCCUGCACAGCACCGGGAAGGCAAAGGAUUUCCUGACGGACAUGAUGAUGUCAGAGGUGGACCGUUGCCGUGACAAUGACCAGCUGAUCUUCAGAGAGAACACGCUGGCGACGAAGAGCAUCGAAGAAUACCUGAAGCUGAUUGGACAGAAGUACCUGCAGGAUGCCCUCGGUGAGUUCAUUAAAGCUCUGUACGAGUCAGAUGAGAACUGUGAGGUCGACCCGUCUCGCUGUGCGACCUCUGACCUCGCAGAGCAUCAGGCCAACCUGAGGAUGUGCUGCGAACUCGCCUUCUGCAAGAUCCUCGACUCGUACAGGGUCUUCCCCCGGGAGCUGAAGGAGGUGUUUGCGUCAUGGCGACAGGAGUGCAGUAACCGGGGGCGACCAGACAUCAGUGAGCGUCUCAUCAGCGCCUCGUUGUUCCUGCGCUUCCUGUGUCCGGCGGUGAUGUCACCGUCGCUUUUCGACCUGAUGCAGGAAUACCCCGACGAACGCUCGGCGAGAACUCUUACCCUCAUCGCCAAAGUCAUUCAGAACCUCGCCAACUUCAGCAAGUUCGGGACUAAAGAGGAGUACAUGCUGUUUAUGAAUGACUUCGUGGAGCGCCAGUGGAGCAGCAUGCAGCGUUUCCUGCAGGAGAUCUCGAACCCCGACGGACUGAACCACACCGCCGGCUUCGACGGAUACAUCGACCUCGGCCGAGAGCUGUCCAGCCUGCACACCCUGCUGACCGAGAUCGACCAGUCCUGCCUGUCGAAGCUCGGUCCUCUUCCUCGGAUCCUAAGAGAAGUGUCGGCAGCCCUGGCUAACCCCGGGGGCGUGGCUAACCCGGGGGGCGUGUCCGUCUCCUCUCUGGAGCCUCAGCGUGUGGUGUCUCCGCCCCCUCUGUCCCCGCCCCCUCUGUCCCCGCCCCUCUCCCCUCCUCUGGCGGCUUGUAAUCCCUCCAUGGGCCUGCAGGGCGGCGUCGGACUGGACGGAGGCUUGGUGGACUUCACCAGACUUCCGUCUCCGACUCCAGAGAACAAGGACUUGUUCUUUGUCACUAAAGGAUCCAGUCUCCAGCCCGCGUCAGGCCUGCAGGGCUCUCCGGCUCCAAGCUCGUCGUACUCCGAGCCCAACGAGAACGAGGCGGCGUUUGAGAUGACCAACGGGGGCCGGAGGGAGGGGCCGGAUCUGACCAAUGAGAGCCGCAGUCUGUCUCUGGUCGACCUGCAGGACUCCUCCCCUAGCGACGGCCUCGACGACAGCCAAUGGCAGCGCAGGACGGGGCUCCUCCCCCUCUCCUUCCAGAACCCGGUGUAUCACAUGACCACCACGUCGCCGCGGCAACCGCAGCAGCCAACCGACGCCACACCCUCGGACGGCUCGGCGGGGUCGCAGGGAAAUGCCGAUGACAGGAACGCCAUGGCGACCAAACCGGCGUUUCUUACCCAGAUGUCCGUGGGGCUGGGAGCGGGGGAGAGAGGAGAGAGGGGGGAGAGGAUGUCGGCCAUGUCGAGCAGCAGCAGCGGCGAGGAAUACUCCAGACGAGCGCUGUCUCACUCUGAGACGCUCACAGCUCCGCCCCCCCCCCGUCAGACCUCCUCAGGUCCUCAGAGACGCAUCGACCAGCCUCCUCCCCCCUCCUCCGCUCCUCCUGGACCUCCCCGAGGUCGGACGCCUCCCAGCAUGCUCAGCGGCGGUGGGGGAGGAAGCGCCGCCUACCCGCCUCGCCCCGCGUCCGGCAGCAUGAUGUCAUCGAGUCCCGAUUGGCCGAGCAGCGGCCAGUCGCGGCUCAGACAGACCUCCUCGUCGUCUAAAGGAGACAGCCCCGAGAAACAGCGACCCGCCGCCAAGGCUCCGUCUCCCUGUGCAUUGGACCGGACCGCCGCCUGGCUGCUCAACAUGAACUCUGCCUCCUCCUACGGUGAGACGGAGGACGAUCGCCAUGACGACGCCCUCAUAGAGAAGUACCAGCAGGAGAUCGCGUUGCUGCAGGAGAAGUUGCGAGUGGCGGCGAUGCGGCAGGACGAGUGUGAAGCCCGACUGCUGGUCCAGGAUCAGCAGAACCAGCGCAUGCUGCAGGAGUACCAGGUGCGGUUGGAGGACACAGAGAGCAGACUGAGGAGGCUGCAGGACGAUAAAGACCUCCAGAUGAACAGCAUCAUCAGCAGGUUGAUGGCAGUAGAGGAGGAGUUAAAGAAGGAUCACUCUGACAUGCAGGCUGUGGUGGACUCCAAACAGAAGAUCAUAGAGGCACAGGAGAAGAGGAUAGCGAGUCUGGACGCCGCUAACGGUCGUCUGAUGGCGGCUCUGACUCAGCUUAAGGAGCGUUACGCUGUGACAUCACAAAGGAACGGCCUGUCUCCUAGCAGCACGUCGUCUCUUCAGAUCACCGAGAACGGAGAGUUCCGGAACUCUGGCAACUGCUGAGCGACCGGCUGCCGCGCUCUGAUUGGCUCUGACUGCAGGCAGGGGGGAGGGGCCAACCCAUUAACCAACCACAGACCUGUCAAUCAACUGUCACCUCCUCUAGAGAUGGAUCUGACCUCUGACCUGACUCCGCCCCCGUUGCUACGUUACCCCUCGCUUCCUGCUUUUGUUUUGCAUGUUUCCUUUUUUGAACAUUUUACGAAGUCUGACAUCAUAUCCUGUUUCGUUUUACUGCUUCCUGUUGAGAGCACGUCUUUAUUAUAGCUCAACUCCACCUGUAUAUGGCUCUGGUCUGACUGGAACAACCCCACCUGUAUAUGGUUCUGGUCUGACUGGACCAACCGUGGCUGUAUAUGGCUCUGGUCUGACUGGAACAACCCCACCUGUAUAUGGUUCUGGUCUGACUGGUGUAACCGUGGCUGUAUAUGGUUCUGGUCUGACUGGACCAACCGUGGCUGUAUAUGGCUCUGGUCUGACUGGAGUAACCGUGGCUGUAUAUGGCUCUGGUCUGACUGGUGUAACCGUGGCUGUAUAUGGCUCUGGUCUGACUGGCGUAACCGUGGCUGUAUAUGGCUCUGGUCUGACUGGCGUAACCGUGGCUGUAUAUGGCUCUGGUCUGACUGGUGUAACCGUGGCUGUAUAUGGUUCUGGUCUGACUGGACCAACCGUGGCUGUAUAUGGCUCUGGUCUGACUGGAGUAACCGUGGCUGUAUAUGGCUCUGGUCUGACUGGUGUAACCGUGGCUGUAUAUGGCUCUGGUCUGACUGGCGUAACCGUGGCUGUAUAUGGCUCUGGUCUGACUGGUGUAAUCGUGGCUGUAUAUGGCUCUGGUCUGACUGUAUAUAUUUAUUAUUUUUAGUCUCGUUAUGUUUAGACUUUGUUUAAAGGAACAGUCCAACACUUUUGUCUCAUGAUCCCCAGAGUGCGAUCAGGUCCAGGUUAGCCUAGCUUAGCACAAAGACUGUAAGCGGGGGGAGCUGUUAGCGUAGUUCAGAGAGUUCCACGUUAGUUUGUGUUUCAGAGAAUUUACUGAUUUUAAUGUAAACAUCAGAUUCUAUUGUAAAACAGUAAAAACUUUAAAUCAUGAUGAAUAGUUUGUGAACACACACACGUCUGCUGUCCUGGACUCUACUGAACUGUCCUGGACUCUACUGGACUGUCCUGGACUCUAUUGGACUCUAAUUUACUCUACUGUAUUCUACUGAACCCUAAUGGACUCUACUGGACUCUACUGAACUGUCCUGGACUCUACUGAACUCUAAGUGACUCUACUGGAUUCUACUGAACCCUAAUGGACUUUACUGGAUUCUACUGGAUUCUACUGAACUGUCCUGGACUCUACUGAACUGUCCUGGACUCUACUGGACUCUACUGAACUGUCCUGGACUCUACUGAACUCUAUUGGACUCUAAUUUACUCUACUGGAUUCUACUGAACCUAAUGGACUCUACAGAACUCUACUGGAUUCUACUGAACUCUACUGAACUGUACUUGACUCUAAUGGAUUCUACUGGACUCUACUAAAAUCUACUGAACUGUACUGGACUCUACUGAACUCUAAUGGACUCUACUGGAUUCUACUGAAGUCUAAUGGACUCUACUGAACUCUAAUGGAUUCUACUGAACUCUAAUGGACUCUACUGAACUCUACUGGAUUCUACUGAAGUCUAAUGGACUCUACUGGACUCUACUGAACUGUACUGGACUCUACUGGACUCUACUGGACUCUACUGAACUGUACU